AUGACGAUCAAGAAGUAUAUCCGUGCUUUACCGGAUUGUGUUGCUGACUUCGUGCAAGACGCGAAGACAACAACAACUGAAGAGACCUACCUGCUCGUUGCUGAGAUAAACGACAAGCGAGUUCUCGCUGGGUACUUCAAGAACACUCCGAAGAGCCUUCAUCAAGCAACCGCCGCUCCCACCGCUGAAACCGCUGUCGCACCGCAAGCUUCAAAGUCCUCCCGCCGCAAGAGAAAGAACAACAACAACAGUAGCAAGAAUUGUGUUGUCACAGCCGCUGCUCCGUUCCAAGCUAUACCUGCUCAACCGCAACCUCAAAACCGCCAAGUAGCGGCACCGGUGACUAAUGCACCACUGGCUAAGCGUGCUUAUACUGGUCCUCACCCGGCUUGCCCUACCUACACCAUGGCAUCAUCCGGUAGCGGAGUAUCCGAUGCGAGUGACCCGAGGACUUUUACCUCUGACGACGACAUGGCUACCGAUUCGGGAGUUUACACCUCGGACUACACGAGCACUGAUGAAGAUGACUUUCAGCCUUUUGCCCUACCAGACUUCGGAGAUGAUGUACCUUUAGCUGACGGCCCACCAGGGGAGGACCUACCCCUUGUUCCCAUCCCUGCCCCUCUCCCGUUUACUGCAGUUCCCUUGGAGGAACAGCCUCUCGACGCGAUACCUGAUGAUGACACCGACCUACUCAUCGAGGGUCCCCCGGAGGGAGACCAGGAUGGUGGGGCCCCGAUGGAGGGCGGUGUUCAGCCUGUUGAUAUUCCAGUUGUUGAUCCUAAUGUCCCCAUGGUCGAGCUUCCUGAUAUGGAGGUUCAGUCCGAUUCGUCCGCUUCUGAUUCCUUUGAGUCGAUCGCUUCUCAUAUCCCACCGUUGGGAUUCGAUUACAUUCCUCGCAUGGACGCUGAUGAGGAGACGGAGUUGGAGCAGCCUGCUGAGGCUCCUGCUCAUCCAGAUGAUCCGAUUCCUGCCAUGCUCGUGGAUUAUCAGCCCGCUCUAGUCACUUCCGAGCCCGUUCUUGCCAUCGACCCUGUUACUGUCUCUGUUACACCCGUUGCUGCACCACCAGCCGUUGAGAUACCCGAUCCCAUGGCUAUCUUUGAUGACCUUGCACCAUUCGCCACCCACAUGGACCCGAGGUACGCCCACUCCAGCAAUGGGUGGAUUGAGGAGGAUGACUACCCUCCGUACGUAGUCCCAGUCACUCCCCCUCCCGCACCUAUCGCUGUACCCUUCGAUGCUCCCUUGUUUCCUCCAUCCACAUCCGAUACUCACUGCACUCACACAAAAGGACAAGAAGUUUGA